AUGUCUUGCUGUGGAGGAAAUUGCGGCUGCGGAUCUAACUGUGGCUGCGGCAAUGGCUGCGGAGGGUGCAAAAUGUACCCAGACUUGACCUACUCGGAGGCCGCGGCCCCCACGGUGGCCACCGUGCUCGGCGUUGCACCGAAAAUGACUGCGGUGCCAGCUGCACCUGCAGCCCAUGCACCUGCAAGUGAAUGGGCCUGGGCCCGGGCCCGGGCCCGUAAUGGCUGGGCCUUGUAG